AUGUCACUGACCGACGGUUACAAUGCUACAAUCCUCGGUGCUGCUGCGGCGAGGACGUUCAACGUGCCAGAACUGCUCGAGCUGAUACUUCUCCAUUUGCCGGCACUCGACCUCCUUCUCGCCCAGCGUGUUAGCACGCAAUUCCGAGACACCAUACUGAGCUCCAAGCAAAUUAGACAAGCGCUCUUCUUAGAAUCCGAGUCAAGCCCGCGAGACCACAACGAGCAGGUGCGGCGAUUGAACCCACUGAUCGAAAGCAUGUUUCAGCCCGAGGACAUCAAAGGGUGGAUGGACCGGCGCAUCUAUCCGUGGUUUGGGAAGCUCUAUAGUCAGGACGCCGACUAUCAACGGCUGGAGGCGAUAAUGCUAUACGGGGACGAAUCAUGGCGAGACUGGAUGCAAAGGAAAGGGUAUCUAUAUCAUCGCGCGCCCAGGAAACACACACGACCAUUCGUCGCAACCAAUGUCUGCUUGCCUGUCGUUCGGACUCACAGUACCAGCUCAGCAUUAGCAUACGCAAACGCGUCUUGGCGUAGAAUGUAUGCUUCGUAUCCACCUGCGAGUGUCAAUGUCUGUGACGUCAGUUCACCUCAUCACCUCGGGAUCGUGCCAUCGAUGCCUAUGGGUGAGAUCAUGGAUCGUUUGCGGGAGCCGGACUCAGAGUCUGGGUACUGGGCGUGGAGGGAAGGGCUGGAGAAGACAGUGCUUAUCGAAGAGGAGAACCUGUGA